AUGAGCGAGACAGCUUCCCUGCGCACAGGUGGACCUGCUAGUAUCGCGUCGUAUGGAGCCCUCACUCGCACUGACAGGGCAAAAUCCAAGUCUGCAUUUAUCAGCCGUGGCAGGCUGAGUACGCUGUCAAGACUGACAAUGCCCGAGUACUCUGCGUCCGCCCCGACGUCACCACAUUCUCCUCGCUCGUUCAAGGAUUCCAUUUUAACAAGCCGGCGCCCCAUAUCGUCAUACGAUCAGUCCGGAGACGGCGUCGACUAUCAAAAUGCGGAGAUGGACGUGAAGACUAAUGGCAUCCGUGUUUGGUAUUCUUCAUUCACCUCGAUUGACUGGCUCCACGAUACGAUCAAGGACUCUGCGCGCCAUUCUCGGCUUCGCAGACACAAGUCCACACGCGGUAUCCUUCUCCGCGAGCUGGACAGGAGCAUCGGCUGGGUCAUUGUCACCAUCGUGGGCCUUCUCACCGCGGUCGUUGCCUUUCUCAUCGUACGCAGUGAGCAAUGGCUGUUUGACAUCAAAGAAGGAUACUGUCGCGAGGGGUGGCUUAUGGCGAGGCGGUUCUGUUGUGCAGUCAAAGACGAUUCGGCCUAUCGGUCGUCUCUACCCGAGAGCCCUUGUCCGGCGUGGCGGACGUGGGCCGAUGUGUUUGGGCCGAUGGUAAAGGAGGGUAACCGAAUGGGAUUUGAGGCGGAGAUGGUCGAAUAUGUUGCAUACGCACUGGUGGCGCUGUCGUUAGCCGUUGUGUCGUCGCUGCUCACCCUCAAUCUGACUGCCUCAACGAGCUUCGUGACCCGGAAAGACUCGGGCGUGCUCUCUCCCGAGUUUGCAGACCUAGACGCGGGAGUGAAGACACUCCCAGCGCCGGCCAGAAGCGAACAACGGCGCAAGGUUCUCUACUACGCAGCAGGCAGUGGAAUCCCGGAGAUCAAAACAAUCCUCUCAGGUUUUGUGAUCCAUGGAUAUCUCGGCGGCAGGACGCUCUUCACAAAGAGCGUCGGCCUGGCCCUUUCGGUCGCGUCAGGACUGUCUCUGGGAAAAGAAGGGCCAUUUGUUCACAUUGCUUCCUGCAUAGGCAACAUCGUCAGCCGAUUCUUCGGCAAGUACGAGAACAAUGAAGCUAAGCGGCGAGAAAUAUUGAGUGCUGCAAGCGCUGCUGGCGUCGCGGUCGCAUUUGGAGCACCCAUUGGCGGCGUCCUCUUCAGUUUGGAAGAAGUAUCCUACUUCUUCCCGGCAAAGGUGAUGUGGAGAAGCUUCUUCUGUGCCAUGGUUGCCGCUAUGACGCUCAAGCUCCUCGAUCCCUUCGGCAGCGGAAAACUGGUCCUCUUCCAGGUUACUUAUGACAAGGACUGGCAUGCAUACGAACUUAUCUUUUUCCUUCUCCUGGGCGUCUUUGGGGGUGUUUGGGGUGCAUAUUUCUCAAAGCUCAACGUCCGUUGGACGCGGUACGUCCGCAAUGGAACAUGGCUUAAGGCGCACCCUGUCUUCGAAGUGUUCCUUGUGACGCUGCUGACCACGAUACUCUGCUUCGUCAACCCCUACACGCGCAUGGGAAUGACUGAGCUCGUGUACAACCUCUUUGCAGAGUGUCGGCCGGGCAGCGCAAACUCACAUGAAGGGCUCUGCGUACUCAACCCCCCAGAGCAGGCUAUGCCCGUGAUCCGCGCUAUUUUUGUCGCACUGAUCGUGAAGGGAGCGCUCACAAUCAUCACAUUCGGCAUCAAGCUGCCUGCGGGCAUCUUCAUCCCGUCCCUCGGAGGCAAAUCGCUGAAGCUUGCUGCAGUCGGCGCGUGCGCUGGACGCAUAUUGGGCAUUCUGGUGCAGUGGAUGCAGUUUUCGCACCCGGACAGCCCAAUCUUUGCGUCGUGUAAGGGCGACCUUGAUUGUGUCGUCCCCGGGCUGUACGCUAUGGUUGGCGCCGCGGCCACUUUGUCUGGAGUCACGCGCACGACAGUAUCGCUUGCGGUCAUCAUGUUUGAGCUCACAGACACGCUAACAUAUACCGUUCCCGUGAUCCUAUCGGUGCUAGUCGCAAAGACUGUGGCCGACGCACUGGAACCCAAGGGCAUUUAUGAUCUUGUCAUCGACUUGUCGGAGCUGCCCUACUUGGAUGCCAAACACACCCAUCUUUGGGGCAACUUGCAGAUUGACGAUGUGACCGAUCGCAAUGUGGACGUGAUCCGGCUCGAAUUCGAGAAUACCGUGAAAACUCUUCGAGACCAGCUGCAAGCGCUGAUCCUUGCGGGCCACUCGGAUGGAGGAUUCCCAAUUCUCAGGGCGAAUGGAGAGGGCCAGCGGAUGGUUGGUUAUAUUGGCGCGAAUGAGCUCGAACACGCACUCAGUAUCGUCGCGGACGAUGCGGAUAGGGCAAUAUCGUUCCACAGUGUUGGGCCAUAUGAGCAUGGCGGGCCCAUGAUGGCGUCUUUCUCGUCGGAAGCAGAGAGUGCGAUGCAAGGCGCACUCGAUUCGUUCGACUUUAGCCCUUACAUGGACCAGGCCCCGAUCACGGUUCAGUCGAAUUCCCCGCUUGAGCUUGUCCACCAAUUCUUCAUCAAACUCGGAGCGCGAUAUGUUGUCGUCAUCGAUACUGACGGAUUUUAUGAGGGUGUUAUUGAUAAGAAGACAUGGCUCGCAUUCCUUGGUCAACUAGACGAGAAGACAUCAUAG